AUAUAUGGCAUAAGGUUAGUUAAUUAUGCAGGUAUUGGAAAAACGGUUCUUGAAAUGUUGAAUUAGAAUGGAAGUGAUGUUUCCGAAAUGAAAAGCAAAAGCCAUUAAAGUCUCUUCUCGCUCCACGUACGUUGCGUAGAAGCAAUAAGUAAUUAAGUCAGUAACUCCCUCCCUAUAAAAACCCCACAACACAAGCAUCACUUCGAUAACAAAAUGAGUGAAAAAACCAUGACAACCUCCUCCACCUCUAAAUCCACCAACAUGUCGGCAAAAACAUUCUCCGGAGUGGGAAACCUCAUCAAACUUCUCCCAACCGGAACCGUCUUCCUGUUCCAGUUCCUAAUCCCAAUCGUCACCAACACCGGACACUGCACCACCUUCAACAAGUACCUAACCGCCGCCUUCCUCCUCCUCUGCGCCUUCAACUGCGCCUUCGCCUCCUUCACCGACAGCUACACCGGCACCGACGGCGACCGCCACUACGCCCUCGUCACCGCCAAGGGCCUCUGGCCCUCGCCGGCGUCGGAGUCCGUGGACCUCUCCGCCUACAAGCUCCGCUUUGGGGACUUCGUGCACGCCUUCUUUUCCUUGCUGGUGUUCGCUGUGCUGGGACUACUCGACACCAACACGGUGCAUUGCUUCUACCCGGAGUUUGAGGCCGGCGAGAAGAUUCUGUUGCAGGUGCUGCCACCGGUCAUUGGGGCUGUUGCUAGCACUGUGUUCGUUGUGUUCCCUAAUAAUCGCCAUGGAAUUGGUUACCCUAUCUCCUCUGAUUCCAACAAGACUCCCACAUAAAUAACAUCUCAUUCUCAUAUUCCAUGUUUAUAUCUUAUUCUUAAAUAACAUCUUCCUUUUAUUUUUAUCAAAUUUACAUUAGAUGUACAGCUUCUUUUCUUGCUCCUCCCCGUCCGACUAAAUACAUCAAAAUCUUGUUAAUA